CGGGGCCGGGGGGCGGGGGCCCCUCCGGCGGCGCAGGGUCCACCGGGUCUCCGCAGCUUCGCCGACUACUUCGGGCGGCUGAGCCGAGCCCGGCGGGAGCUGCCGGCCGCCCCGCCGAGCCCCCCCCGGCCGCCGGCCGAGGACAUCUCACCCCGCGAUGUCUUCAUCGCCGUCAAGACCACCAAGAAGUUUCACAAGGCGCGGCUGGAGCUGCUGCUCGAUACCUGGAUCUCCCGCAACCGUGACAUGACCUUCAUCUUCACAGAUGGGGAGGAUGAGGAGCUGAAGAAGCAAGCACGAAACGUCAUCAACACCAACUGCUCGGCCGCCCACAGCCGCCAGGCCCUGUCCUGCAAGAUGGCCGUGGAGUACGACAAGUUCAUCGAGUCCGGCAGAAAGUGGUUCUGCCACGUGGACGAUGACAACUAUGUGAACGUGCGGACACUGGUGAAGCUGCUCUCCAGCUACCCCCACACGCAGGACAUCUACAUCGGGAAGCCCAGCCUGGAUCGGCCCAUCCAGGCUACGGAGAGGAUCAGCGAGAACAAGAUGCACCCUGUGCAUUUCUGGUUUGCCACGGGCGGAGCAGGGUUUUGUAUCAGCCGGGGACUGGCACUGAAGAUGAGCCCGUGGGCCAGUGGGGGCCACUUCAUGAGCACAGCAGAGAAGAUCCGCCUGCCCGAUGACUGCACCAUCGGCUACAUCAUCGAGUCUGUGCUGGGGGUGAAGCUCAUCCGGAGCAACCUCUUCCACUCGCACCUGGAGAACCUCCACCAGGUGCCCAAGACGGAGAUCCACAAACAGGUGACACUAAGUUACGGCAUGUUCGAAAACAAGCGCAACUCCAUCCACAUGAAGGGAGCCUUCUCUGUCGAGGAGGACCCAUCCAGGUUUCGCUCUGUGCACUGCCUGCUGUACCCUGACACGCCGUGGUGCCCCGCCAACGUGGUUUACUAGGAUACGCGUGUCCCCUCUAACCUCGUCCCGAACUUCCCCGGUAUCCGACGGGUGUGCGGGACCUGCAUGCGGGUGUGUCAGUCUGGUCUUGCCGCGAGGCGGACGGACGGACGUCGUUGCUGUGGUAUUGCACAGUGUGUGUGUACUGAAGGCUGCUGUGCGGCCCCUUUUCCCCUGCCCUGCCUGCCCGGCUGCCUGUGCCCGCUGCCCGCUCCGUCUGGGACGGCGAGGAGGGACGGGUCCUGAGCACUUAACCCUUGGGCACCCCCGUGGCGCUGGCGGGCCCCACGCCAUGCGUGGGGG